UUUGCAGCACAGAUAAUUUUUGAGGAAUCUAGUUGAUUUUUGUGUGGAAGUUCACAGCAGAUAGAUGAUCCUUUAAGGAGCCAUGAAGCUAGUUUGUGGAGCAUAGUGGAGCUUCCCGGAAGAAUCACCAUUCUUCUCCAGAUCAGUCUCCUUUGAAUACUUUAGAAAAUGCAAGAAGGCAAAUGUAUAUACAAAGUUAAGACCAUGUAUUUCUGCUUCUAGCUCAACCACAUUAGAAGCCUUCCACCACUGAUAGCACCAGUACAAAAAAUGGCAAAGCAGUGUAAACCCAAGAAGCCAUUUGGAAAAUACAAAGAUGUCUUCAGUGAAAUAAUGAUGCCGGGGGGGGGGGGAUACCCAAGGUAAUUAGUUAUUACCAGCAUUUGCUGUUUCUCUAGUUGUACUCCAGAUGGGUUUGGCUCUAGCUCUUUAUAGAGGCAACUGCUAUGUUCAGCACAAUCAUCCCCCCCAACCUUGCCACGAAGGGGGUGUUGCACCACACAGCACAGCAGAUUCAAUCCAAUCCCAAUUCUUCUAAUCUUAAUUCAGAUACCUUGUAUGCUUAUGCUUUCGUAAUCAUUUAAUCCCUUCUAGACUUUGUAUGGCAACAGUACUUUUGAAUUCAAGAGGACUUAGUGCUGAGUUGCCAUGGUUAGGAAGCUGCUAUAAAAACUAUGCAGGGAAAUCCAUUUUGUGAUUUAUCUCAAGCCCCAGUUUGGAAAACACCCCAAGUCAAAAUUCUCAUGGUUUUGCUUAGAGAAAGACAAGAGUCUCUCCUGGGAACCUGCAUGUUCAUGUCAAAUCAGUUUGCAUUAGCAUUAUGUGCAAACCAGCUCUACAGCAGUCAUUCCCAAAUAGUGCCCUGGGAGUGUUGCUGCUAUAUUUUAAGAAUCUAUUUUCUUUAGUCUUCUAGAGGUUUGGGAAAUGCUGGUCUGGAAAAGUAUAAUUUGGUGUGUGUGCUUAAUAGCAAUAGCAUUUUCUCAUGUUUUUCAAAUGUUUUUGUAGGAGACAGUAAAUUGAAUCAUGUGUGUCUGUCUAAUGGACUUGCAGUGUUACAGUCCAUACUGCAGCAUGGAUCAAGUACUUCACACAAACCUACUGAUUUGUACAACUGUCAAAUGAGAGGGGAAGCUUCUUUGUUUGUCAUGAGUUCGAAUGAACUUGCACUCAUGUCUGCCCUUAAGAGUUCAUUUGGCAAGAUCCAUCAGUCAGGCUUAGGUGGUGGAAUCAAUGAAUGGCUGAAGCAAUUCAACCAAUCUGCUUCUGCUUAUUUCCAGUCAACUCCAGCUGUAGAAAAGCCUUCCUGCUUUACAUCAACACAAAACAGUUAUACAAUACAUCACCAACUCAACAGUAGCAAAGUAUUUGGUAAUGGAAGGGCAUGCAUUGAAGCAAGAUAUUGGGAUAGUAUGCAAGACUCUUGUGACUCAAGAACAUAUCCAGAUAGCAUCAUCUCACAGCUUCCUUCAAUAACCCACCAACUUAUCCGUAAUUAUCGACAGCCAAAUACACACCUGAAUAAUGUAAUGGGUGAAUGUGGCAGUGCCCUUACUGCCAACAUUAUGAGUCAGCUUCGAGGAAAGGAUGCAUCUACAUUGACAAGCAUGCUUCUACAACUGGUUCCCCAUUACCCAGACCUUCAAAAAAUUGAUAUUCAAGCUCUGAGUGAAAUGAAUUCACAAUCAACUGAACUGGCAAAGAUUUGUUUCACCAUAGCAGAAAGCUAAUCAACUUUAGAUCUUAAGGGGUAGAGAGAAAGAGAAGACUUGGCUCAAAUCUGUAUAGCAUCUGAAGCCUGCUCAAGGUAAAUAUUAAAGUGUUUCUGACGCAUUCCUGAACUGUGGGUAGCUGUUCAUAUAAUUAACAAAAGUACAUUCUGGUAAAGCCUUUAAAGUUUCAGCACUUGCUUUUGUGUUUACUAUUACGGUAAACCAUGCUUAAUGUUAAGCCUUCUCUGACAAACUUACAAUUAAAAAUUAAAUAAAUAAAAAAGCUUUUUCAGAGUCUGUGUGGCAUUGCUGUUUCCUCUUAUUUUUAUCCUCUUCUGCUCCUAGUCUGCAGCCACUGGUUUACUGUUCUUGUAUAUUGACUAAUCUUAAUGGCACACCCAUACACACCAGUAUAGCAUUGUCCCUCAUUCUCCACUGGACGUCAUGUCCACAGUCUCCAGCUGUGGAAACCAUAAAUUCCACCACCUGCUUAAAAGUGAGACAAUAUAUUCUGGAGUGGAGCUAAAGUUUGCUUCUUCUAAUUUCACAUUCUUCUAAUGUGAAAGAGAAUGCCACUUUUCACAGCAGGGUUAAAUAAAUAAACAGCACUUCUAAAAGACCAGGAACAAAAAUCUCAAUAACAUUAGCUAUACUAGAAGCCUGGUUUACUGUAUA